UUAGUCGACACAGACAACACAGACCUCAAACAAUUCAAUAUGUUCAAAUUGGUGGUGUUGUCCGCUCUUCUGGCCGUCGUAGCUGCCGCUCCAGGCCUUUACACCUCUCCUCUGGCGUACAGCGCUGCUGUCGUUGGAAGUGUACCAACUUCCGUCAGCCAUCAAAGCAGCAGCGUCGUCCACAGCGCUGCUUUGACCGCCCCUGUCGUCCAUACCGCUCCAGUUGUAUCGGCUUACUCUGCUCCAGUCGUCUCUGCUUACUCCGCUCCAAUAGUUUCUGCCUACUCUGCCCCAAUUGUAGCUGCCCAUGCAGCCCCAGUUGUCGGAGUUCAUGGUUACCAUGGUCUUCAUGGAGCUGUUGUCUACUAAAUCUAAUGACUUUUGUAAUGAUAAACAUAAAUAAAAAGUAUUAUUGAAAAUA